UGUAGUUAUACUUUUAUUAAAUUGAUCUGUCCAAUACUCGCAGAACUUGAAUAGGUUGUUAGUUUUAAAUUAGAAACCCACUUUGAGAACUAAUUGGUACAUAUUUUUAUCUUCAUCAAUAUCUUAAUAUGCUUCAGAAGACAAGAUGUUUAUCAAUUUGGCUCACAGGCCAAGGCUUACAGUCCAUUGCCUACUUUGCAGGGACUCGUCCCCUUCAAUUUGCAAUUUCAUUUGACUGGCACUUUUGUUGUUCUUGCUGUGUGUGUGUGUGUGUGUUUUUUUUUUAAAAUCAGAUUGUGUGUCUUCUCUGCUUUAAAAAGUUUACAUAUUCUAUUGUGGUCACUCACUAUUGUUUUGUGAUUAAUGUGGAAAGGGAAAUGUCGACCUUUUUGAUAUUUUGUGUUCAUUACACAGAAAAAGACAUAAACCAGCAAACUACUUCAAGAUUUUCUCUAUUAGCAGUCACUGCUGACGUCUUGUUAUGCUCUCCGCUUGACCAUAGUUUGAAUGCUAGUUAAAUUUUGAGAAUUCAUAGUGGAAUCGAGCUCUCGAAUGUAUUAAGCUGUUUUUUGUAAGUAGUGAACUACGUUCUCAACUUACAUGCAUGCUCUGUAGCCUGUACAAUGCUUAUAUCUGUAAUUGAUGGUUCUGUUUUGUUUUAUAAGUCUUCCAGGAGGACUAUGAUAAUAUGUAUUACGCAUGUCUGCUGGUCUGUAGUUUAAUGAAUUGGAAUACCAUGUUCUCUUGCUGACAUUCAUGCCAUUUCCUCUGUUCCUGAGAUCAGGUCUGAAACAUGCUUUAACACAAGAUUUUCUUUUGCUAAUUUGUAUGUAUCUAUGAUAACAACCUCAAACAUUUGGCUAAUUGGUACUAAGAGUUUUAUAUUUUUAGUGGAAUUUUAUAAAUUUACAUUUUUUAUCUGAAUGACAUGUACCUUCUUUAUCCUGCAUGCCUUACCAAGAGAAGCUGUUCACCCUCUCUUCGAUUACAACCUUAUAUGACGCUUGCAUCACCGUAUCAAUAGAAAACCUAUGCCACAUAACCAACUGGUUAGCUAGACUGCUAUAAAUAUGUACAUGCAAUAUAAAUUUUAAGACAUUGAGACACUCCAAGAACAGUUCAUAAACCAUGGCCAACUUAAAAUCUCUUCCUCUAUAUGAAAGGGUUAAGCAUAGAAACACUCUGCAUAAAUUCGUGGAGUUUAUAAUCCUUUUUCUUCUCCUUUCAGUCCUUGUUUAUCGUCUCCUCUCUUUCAACAACCAUGGUUUAUCCUGGUCCUUUGCAUUCCUCUGUGAGCUCUGGUUUACCUUCAGCUGGGUUAUCACCAUCAGCAACAAAUGGAAUCGUGUUGAACAUAAACCAUACCCUGACCGCCUCUUGCAACUGGUGCCUAAGGAUGAGCUUCCUGCAGUAGACUUGUUUGUGACCACCACAGACCCAGAGCUUGAACCACCAGUCAUUACCGUAAACACUGUUCUGUCUCUGUUGGCAAUAAAUUACCCAACAAAUAAAUUAGCAUGCUAUGUUUCUGAUGAUGGCUGUUCUCCUAUCACCUUGUACUCACUUGUGGAAGCAUCAAAAUUUGCUAAGAUUUGGGUUCCCUUUUGCAAAAAGUACAACGUUCAAGUUAGAGCUCCUUUUCGAUACUUCACCAAUAAUUCUGCGCCUUCUGAAAAUAAUAAUAGCUCAAUUGAAUUCAAACAAGAUUGGAAGAGAGUGAAGGAUGAGUAUGAGCAACUUAGCGGCAAAAUCAAGGAUGCUGUUAGCAAAUCUAUCAAUCCAUCUGAUACUAUCGAAUUCGAUUUUUCAGUUUUCUCAACUGUACAACGUAAUGAUCAUCCAACAAUUAUCAAGGUUAUUUGGGAGAACAAAGAAGUUCAUUCGAAUCAAUCAGUGCCACAUUUAGUUUAUAUAUCCAGAGAAAAACGGCCAAAGCAUCCACAUCAUGCCAAAGCUGGGGCCAUGAAUGUUCUGACUAGAGUCUCUGGGUUGAUGACCAAUGCUCCUUACAUGCUAAACGUGGAUUGUGACAUGUUCGUCAACAACCCGAACGUUAUUCUUAAUGCAAUGUGUAUGCUACUUGGUUCAAAAAAUGAAAAUGAAAAUGCAUUUGUUCAGUGUCCGCAAGUCUUCUAUGAUGGUCUAAAGGAUGAUCCUUUCGGAAAUCAGAUGAUAGUUUUGUGGAAGUAUGUAGCACAAGGAAUUGCAGGAAUUCAGGGACCUUUUUAUUCCGGAACAGGAUGUAUUCAUAGACGAAAAGUCAUCUAUGGUCUAUCUCCCAAUUACAUGAAAGUUGGAGAAACAAAUGGAAAAAGCAUGAUGAAUGAUAAAAUAGCUGAUGAAGAAUUAGUAGACAUGUUUGGAAAGGAAUUUACCAAAUCAGCUGCGAAUGCUUUGAACGGGAAGGCAGAGUGCCCAAAAAUGCAUACUGAAACUAUUGACGCUGCAUACCAAGUUGCUGGUGUUGGAUAUGAGUAUGGCACACACUGGGGCAAAAAGGUGGGAUGGAUGUAUGGAUCUACAACUGAAGAUGUCCUCACUGGGCUUUCAAUCCAUAACAAAGGUUGGAAAACUAUUCUUUAUGCACCCAAUCCACCAGCCUUUCUAGGAUGCGCGCCAACCGGUGGUCCUGUUUCAAUGACCCAACAAAAAAGAUGGGCCACCGGCCUGCUUGAAAUCCUCUUCAGCAAAAAUUGUCCCAUAUUUGGUACUAUCUUUGCAAACCUCCAGUUCAGGCAGUUGUUGAGCUACUUCUGGAUCCUUUCAUGGGGGCUACGCUCGGUUCCUGAGCUAUGCUAUGCUACUCUGCCAGCCUAUAGUAUCAUCACCAACUCGCACUUCUUACCCAAGAGCCAAGAACCAGCUUACUAUAUACCCUUAGCUGUGUUGCUGAUAUAUAGUAUGUACACUAUAUCAGAGUUCCUUGUAACUGGUCUAUCAAUCCGAGCAUGGUGGAAUAACCAAAGAAUGGGAAGAAUAACCACAAUGAGUGCAUGGCUAUUUGGAUUUCUUGGUGUCAUACUCAAACUUUUGGGCAUAUCUGAGACGGUUUUUGUCGUAACACGAAAAGAUCAAUCUACUUCAAGUGAUCAGGGCACUGAAGACAGUGAAGCUGGAAAAUUCACCUUUGACCAGUCCGCAGUUUUCAUACCUCCCACAGCAAUUUUGCUUCUGCACUUAACAGCACUGGCCACCUCUUUGUUGCGGCUUCAAACACCAACCCAUGAUGGGGUAGGAUUAGGCUCUUUGGAGACUAUGUGCAGUGUUUUGUUGGUGGUAUGCUUAUGGCCAUUUUUACAAGGUCUGUUUCGAUCAGGAAAGUAUGGGAUUCCUAUGUCUAUCAUAUCUAAGUCUGCAGGUCUUGUACUAUUGUUCUACACAUUGUGCAAAUAUCAGGAUGGUAGCUUGCUUUCAGUGUCUUCUUUGUGUUCCUAACCACAAGCCAGCAGCAGUCAGGGCUCAGGCAUGUUUUUUUGAGGUUUUUAUCUAGCUAGUAUCGCUUUGUUGUAUGCCUCUGGGAAAUGUGAGAUCCUCGGUAAGGAAAGCCUUUGUUUUUAUCUACAUAUAAUAAUUCCGUGGGAGCUUCCAUUUUAGGAAAAAAUGAUCAAUUCAUAUAAAUUUGGACCUUUUGUGACCAUUUGAAUGACAAAAUUCAAAAUGUGAUCAUUUACUCAGAGUAACUACAAUUAUUUGAUCAGGUAGUACAAAGACUAUGAUCCUGUUGUUUCGGGAGAAUUACUA